UUCAGACUUAUAAAAGUGGAGAGGCUUAAGUACUUAUAUUAUUUUUGUUUUUGGUUUGCUUAGAUUGAAGAGCAUGAAGUUCCUAUUUGCAGUUUCUAUUCUGGUUGCAACGACUACCGUCCUCGCAAGACACGAUUUGUGGGCUGAAUUCAAAGUCAAGUUUAACAGAGAAUAUGAACUGCUAGAGGAUAAACUUCGUUUCCAAAUUUUCCAAAAGAAUUUCCGAUUAAUCGAAGAACAUAAUGAUAGAUACGCGAAAGGGGAAGUUUCUUACUUUCUCAAAGUAACCAAAUUCGCUGAUUGGACGGAAGAAGAACUGUCUAAUAUGUUUAAACGACAAAGUGCUCUCAAACCCGAGAUUAAUAAUACUGGAAUCUUCAAAGCAAAUCCAAAUUUAAAAAUUCCCGAUUCUAUUGAUUGGAGGGAGUCAAAUGCAGUUUUACCCGUAAGGAAUCAAGGUAUUUGCGGAGCUUGCUGGAGUUUCAGUACCACUGGUUGUCUUGAGGGUCAGCUUGCUAUAAACAAAAAUCAACAAAUUGCCUUGAGUGAACAAGAAUUAAUUGACUGCUCUGAAAACUAUACAAAUACUGGAUGCUCUGGUGGUGAUCAAUAUGUUUCUUUUGAAUACAUUCGUGACCAUGGUCUUAGUUCUGAAUCAGAUUAUCCAUAUAUUGAACGAGAUGGAAAUUGUCAGAAUAAAGAAAAAGUUAUCAAGACGUUGUCUCAAAUUCAACGCGUUGCACAGGAUGAUAACAGUCUGGCACAAGCUAUUGCUACUAUCGGACCCAUUUCAGUUUCUGCCGAUGCCUCAAUUUGGUUGUUUUAUGGAGGAGGUAUAUUUGAUUCCAGUUUAUGUGGUACUGAUAUCAAUCAUGCUAUUUUAGCGGUUGGUUAUACACAGGAUUACUGGAUAAUCAAAAAUUCUUGGGGUACGGAAUGGGGAGAAAAUGGUUAUAUAAAUGUAAGACGUGGUAAAAACAUGUGCGCAAUUGAAUUGGACAAUUCCUAUGCUCUAUUGUAAAAUUAAAAUGAUUAUGAAGAAAA